AACAGAGGUAGCAGCAUCCACUUGCCAGGCCAUAGUACCGGACAGCGGAAUACAAAAACGGCGUAAUUUCCGACUCAACAGUUUCAUCCAAGGAAACGGAGGGCGGAAGGCUUUCGAAGAACAUCAUCGACAACAAAGUUCCAGGAUGUUGAUUUUCAUACGCGCACUGUCAGGCGGGGUAACACCAGUAACGGUCCAUCCUUAUGAAGACGUGCUUUCGGUCAAGUCAAGGAUAUUUCAGAUCAAAGGAAUUCCUGUUGCUCAGCAACAUCUACUUUAUGAUGGAAAUGAAUUGCCGGAUGCAACAGUACUAGCCUUGGCAAACAUAGGCCAUGGUUCGCUCCUCCGUUUAGUGCUGAAAAUGCAUGCUGCUCCACUAAAUAAUAUCACAGCCAACAUUCCAACCACGAGUACUAUCCAUCAGGUAAAUUUAGGCCACCAACAGCCGAGUCUCUGUCCCGUACCCAUACCAGCAGGACAUCCGGCAUGUCACUGGAAUUCGGUGGUAACAAUACCUCAUCUUGCGAAAGAACAAUACUCACAACGAAAGCGUGGAUUUUUCUCCCUGAAUCCCAAUCCGUGUGCGUUUUCUGGUCCUUCUGGUGCUGAACUCGAUACAUCGGAGGAAGAAGUUAGUCAGCUAGCCGAGUAUCUUGGAUACGCUAUCGACGGAGGGGAUGUGAAAUCUGCUUCAGAAGAUGCGAUUAAUUUCAACCCGGGAGAACAACAAAGCAGCUUACUCUCCAGGGAAUGCAACGCAGUGCCAACUGAACCGAUCAGCAUUUCUGCUCACCCUGUUUACCACUUGGUACCUUUGAAUGGAUCCCUGAUUCCAGCAGUAACUUACAUCCAAUCACCAACGCACUAUAGAAACAACUUCUUUCACAUUGUCCCAAUUCCAAACGCAGACAAGGAUCCCCGCCAUACGUCCGCAGAAGGAGACAAUGACGGCACAGUUAGGUUUAUUGGUGACAUGAGCCCAACACAGGUGGACGCGAUGCCAGACGAAUCUUCCCUACAUGAUUAUUUUGAGUGGAAUGAAAGUAACUUCAGUGGGGCACAGGUCGAUCCAUGGUGUGCAGGAAUUGGAAAUUUUCAGAGUGAAUCUUCCUCAACAACACUGAUCAGACCAUUUCCAUUAGUGAAAUUUCUGGCCAAACACCUGACCCAAUAUUCCCAAUACGAUCAAACUGAUCUUUCUUCCAUAGAAAUACCAACUGCCCAAGUGGUAGUACCAGCUCCUUCUCGAGUUCAAGUCCACCCUUACCUCCUACCAAAUGGCCAGAACGAUCCCUUAGUUACUACAGCCAGUCAGAAUUCACCUACACGAACAAUUCAUGAAAAUGCGAACUCCACUUCAGCACAGGCUUCACUUGUCGGGCCAAAAACAUUACCAAAUUACAGCCAAAAAACGCUGAAUAACGACCGAGUGGAUAACCUCCCAUCGUCAUCGUCGUCAUCUGGAAAACGCUGCUCGGCAUGUCACAAAAGGACCAGCCUCACCACAGGCUUCAGCUGCUGGUGUGACCGUUGGUUCUGCAUCAAACAUCAUCAUCCGGAGGACCACAACUGUGAUUUCAACUUUAAAUCAACACGCAACAAAUCGCCGACAACUGAGUUUUAG